GUCGAGAUAAUCAUCCGUUGUUUAAAUUCGGUUUACCAGCUUGCACUAAAUCAAACAAACCGUCAGAAGUUUUGCAUGUCUUCAGUGUGACGUAUUGUACACGGGACAAAGGGAUAUUAGGCUUAGUCUAUUACAUACACUGGGGCAGUAUGUCAACGCCUUUUUGAUACCAUAAGAUGGGAGAAAUAGUAAAACAACUCAAUGAUGAACAGCGUGGAAAGGAAUAUAUGCGCCAAUCCAAUCAACCAAAGUUUUUAUACAAAGAAUUCAGCAGACCCGUCCGUGCCGCUAACCAUUUGGAGAAUCGUCUGAUGCUGGAACGGAUCGCAAAAGCUGCGCAUCUCAGCAAACGCAAUCACUUUAAAUACGAUCGAGAACUUGACAUGAUUCACGAACUUGAGAAAACAUUAACUAUAAAAUCUAUUGAUUUUGAUGGUGAGGAAUUUCAUAAAGACCACGAAAAACGCCGUCAUUUUCCUUUCACCAAAGUGCAUACAGUGGCCGAUAUUCUGGACAGAGUUCCUAAUAACUGUGUUUUGGAAUUUGGACCUGGGAAUCAAAUUAUUGAAAAAAGACCAAAGAGCAAAAGAAACAUGUACAGUCAACCAUUUGAGAACGAUAGGCAACAUUCACGACCCGCAACAAGUCAAGGGAAACAAAAAUAUCCAGCAGUUCUGCAAAAGAAUGGCAAGCAGUUGAGGUCCCAGUCGGCAUUUCAACGGUCCACGAAUAAGUUGCCGCAUGGUCUUCAACCUCGACCAAACACCAGCCACUCAUUACGAAAACCGGGACCAAAAGGGGGGAGUUCUCCAGGAAAUCAAACGGCAAAUAGACUGACCAUAAAUAUUUUGUCCCUCAAUCGCCCUAUGACAGGAAUAUCUCAAACAAAGGCUAGUGAUUCCGACGGACAGUUUUGUACUAAGAAGGGCUCUGAUUCACCAAAUGAAGAUGAACACAAAUCUAAAUCAUAUCGUACUCUAAAGGAUAUGUUCACAUAUAAGGAGGAUAAUGAACCACCUGUACCCGACAAAAAAGUCGAGUCUUUGAAAAGAUUAAAGGCGAAAGAGAAGCUGACUUUUCAGAGUUUAGAUUGUCGUGUGAAGGCAUUUACAAAGAAACUAUGUAAAUCAAGGCAAUAA